AUGAUUGGGGAGCUUGAAGUGCAGUUGACGAAAAGCAGAAAAUACAAAGGAGAUGUGGAGCGCAUGCUGGACACGCUUUGUGUCAGUCGCUUGAGUGACCCCAACAAAUUCGUCAAAGCUCGCGCUGCAUGGUGCAUCAGACAGUACAGUGAUGCUCAUUUCCGUACAACGAGUAUUCUCUCAAAGAUUGUCGAUGCACUCGUUCGUUCCCUUUGUGAUCCGAAUGAGGAGCUGCCGGUGAAAGUCGAAUCGGCGUUGGCUAUUCAGGGCAUCCUCAAAGACCAAGAGAAGGCUCACGCUCUUAUAGAGCCUUCUAUUAGGGUUAUAAUAGUACAGGUGCUAGAGCUUGUUGCAAAGACGCAGGUUGAAGAGGUUGUCCGAGUGGUAGACGAAAUUCUGGAACAUUUUAUGGACGCAGUCAUACCGAUUGCUGCAGACAUAGCGGAGAGCUUGGCGAGUGAUUGCCUUAGCGAAUUGUCCAACCUCUUCUUGGAGAUCAUCACUAGUCCAGAUGCGUGCGACCAGACCCACGCAUUGAUGUCUAUUCUGCCCACUCUCAGCAACAUUCUUGAUGUUGUGGAAGAUCACCGCGAGAUUAUGGUAGCAGUCGAACCGAGUGUUUUGAAGAUUGUGAGAUAUAUCUUCACUGAAGAGAAGAUAGAUUUCUACUGUGAUAUUAUCGUCCUUAUGCAGUCACUUUUGACAUCGUAUGUUAGCGAGCCUAUGUGGGGUAUCUUCAAUGAUCUGUACACAAUGUACAAGAAUACAGACCAUCGGAGC